CAUCGUGAGAAUCCCGUAAUCGUGCAUCGUGCAUCUUCCUAUUAGGUUUUCAUCUCUGGUUGAAUGGGCUGCAUGAAAAUUUGGUGAAGUUCGCGACAAGCGUGAUAAACGACGAAGGUCAUUGACAAAUAAUUCGUGUUUAUGUGUGGAAAAUCGAAAAAUUAAAAUCGCAUCUUCUAAAUUCGUUGGUAACGCGUCGUUAAUGAAAAUUGUUUUGUCGUGAUUGUCACAUUGCAUUUGUUUCUUUUUUUUUUGGGAACCUUGCAGUUGCUUGCAGGCGCUCCUUGGCUAUACAAUCAUUUACUGGUUUCGAAAGUUGUGUGUCCUAGUGCGAGAGACCAGAAACGUCAAGCAGUGUGAACCAGCUUUCCAUAUGGAUAGAUUCGUUGAUAUAAUCAUCAUUGAAUAAAAAAAAAGAAUAAAAACGACGAAAUGUCAGAGUGGAACACGAGCAAAGGCCCCGUGCCAGCACGUUGGCUUCAUUGCCCACGAAAAGCAAGCAAAUUAAUCGCCAACAAAUUUUUGGCUUUCAAAACACCUUUGUCUUCGGAAUUUGACAGUCAAGUACCACAAGAAUGUAGCUUCAAUGUGAACAUGUUAUUUUCCUCGGUGAAAAGCCAGCGUUUGAAACUGGGUCUCUGGAUUGAUUUGACAAAUACAAAUAGGUUUUACAAUAAGGCUGAUGUUGAAGCUCAAGGCUGUAAAUAUUUGAAGCUGCAAUGCAGAGGACACGGAGAAACACCAUCCAAAGAGCAGACCAACACGUUUGUCCAAGUUUGCAAGAAUUUCAUAGCACAAAAUCCACUGGAUAUUAUCGGCGUACAUUGCACUCAUGGUUUCAACAGAACCGGCUUCUGUAUCAUAAGUUAUUUGGUAGAAACUGAAAUGACAAGCGUCGAUGCUGGGAUAGCCGAAUUUGCUACCGCCCGACCUCCUGGAAUUUACAAGGCUGACUACAUAAAAGAACUGUUCAAACGUUACGACGACGAAGACGACGCUCCGCCGCCCCCAAUCAGACCGGCAUGGUGCUUGGAGUACGACGAUUCUAAUGGUGACGAAGAAGUUGCUAACUCAGAUUCGGCAACAGGCAGCGAGCCACCGGCUCAAAAACGAAAACGUGAGUUUAACAAGAAAGAUCCUGUGUUCAUGGCGGGUGUGCCUGGUGUUACACCUCUUAAAGAUACGGGCAAAGUGACCGGCAUACAGAGAAGAGUACAAGAAAUGUGUUCCUGGGAAAACAGUGGAUUUCCAGGCUCUCAACCCGUAUCCAUGGUCAGGGACAACAUUAAAUUGCUUCAUGACAAACCCUACAGAGUCUCUUGGAAAGCUGAUGGAACCAGGUACAUGUUGCUUAUACAAGGAGACGGAGAAUUGUACUUUAUAGACAGAGACAAUAGCGUCUUUCAAAUUCAAGGAUUGGCAUUUCCCCAUCCUGAGGACAAUAGAAGAUUUUUAAGAGACACUCUCUUAGACGGAGAGAUGGUGAUAGACAAAGUGGGUGGCAAGGAAUUUCCGCGUUAUCUGGCAUACGAUGUAAUAAGAUACGACGGUCGAGAUGUAAUGAAGAGGCCUUUUUAUCCUGAUCGAUAUACGAUAAUCGAGAAAGACAUAAUGGCUGGUAGAUAUCGUGCUCUUCACGAGGGUCGUUUACAUCGUGAAAAAGAGCCUUUUUCCGUGAGGCGUAAGGAAUUUUGGGAUGUUACACGAGCCAGAUGUCUCGUGGACGAAAAAUUUGCGAAGCAGCUUGGUCAUGAACCGGACGGCUUGAUAUUCCAACCAGCGGAUGAUCCUUACUCUCCUGGCGAGUCACCUAGAGUUCUCAAAUGGAAGCCCCUGAAACUCAAUUCUGUCGAUUUCAAGUUGAAAAUAGUGAUGGAAUCGGGGACGGGCAUAGUGCCGCGUAAAAUAGGACAGUUAUACGUUGGUGGUUUGACCAAGGUAUUUGACGUAAUCAAAUACACGAAAGCCAUCAAGGACAUGGACAAUAAAAUAGUCGAGUGCAAUUACGAAAAUGGUCAAUGGGUAUUUAUGCGUGAGAGAACAGACAAAUCGUUUCCGAACUCGUACAAAACGGCCAAAUCCGUUUGUCAGAGUAUACGCGAACCAGUAACGACUGACAAUCUAUUGGAAUACAUCGAUCGACACAGAUUCGCUCUGGACGAUGCAGAGCUUAUGCCACCUCCUAAUAAACGGAGAAGGUGACAGAGCUAACGUUAAUUUAAUCGUCGUAUUUAUGAAUGAUCAAAAAAUACGCUGAGGGAUCAGGUGAUCCCAUGAAUAUCGUUGAUUUCAUUUUAAGGUUUGCAAUGCUUAUUUGCAGUUGUGAUGUACGAAAAAACGGUGGAAAUGAAUGACACUGAAGUUUGCAA